AUUACUGAAGACUGAAGACUGAAUGUGUCGACGUAUUUGAAUUACGGCGAUGCGAAGUAACAAAUGUCAGUUUAUUCAUCUGAGAUUGACUGAGAGUCUUCUAUGUUCUCUGGAAAACAUUAAACAAAACGGCGGUAAGAUCGUACUCGUUUGUGAACCGCAGCAAAAUCCGAAGAUUGUAGUGACUACCUCAGGAUCGGAUUCCGUUUAUGAGCUCGAACCCGACCAUGGUACAGUAUAUUUCUCGCUCGUCAAUGUUAAGAAAUCAGUUGGAAAGUGUCUACAAAAUAUCCAGUAUAGAUAUAGAACUAAAGCCACUGAUGACAGCUUUGUUAAAGCACGUGAAAAUCUUGUUAAGGAAGUGGAAAACAGUCGCCAACAAAAGAUUAAAGCUCUUGACUAUCAGUUAAAAUCGGCUUCGUUAAUUAAAGACGAACGCAAUACAAAGGCUAGAAAAAAUUUGAGAAGAAAUUCGCUAUCCGGGCCUCCACCGAAGAUGGCGAAAACUUCGGUCGGUAACAAUAAGAUACGAAACUCAGAUAUUCCAUCUAACAUCUUAUCUUCCAAAAAGAAGAGUGUUCAAAGACCUGGGACUUCACCUCAAUUAAUGACUAAUUCCCUUGUCAAUAUUAAAGAAAAUGUCUCUGAUAAAAGCGAUCAACAAAAAGUGACACUUACUUCAGGAACGGCUGAAGGCUAUGUGGAUGAUAUUGAGAAAGUUAUUUAUAAUAAGUGUUUGUCAGCUGUACAAAGGAGAAAUGUAUUAGAACAACGCCUUCGUGAAGCAUAUACAAAUACCGAUGAGUUUGUAAGAACCAAAGAGAUUGAAAAAAUUAAAAUGGAUCUAUCCAGUCUCGUUGAUGAUCUGUACACCGAUGAAUUGUUGAAAAAAUGGAUACCCAUGUCUAUUGGAUCUGCAUAGUUUUGUUGUGAUAUGUUAUUUUCUUGUUUAUAUUUUCUUAUAAGAGUAGUAUAUCAAACUAUGCAAAAUUUUUAUGUGUAUGCAUUUUUGUGUAUAUUGUAAAUAAAUUCAUUCUACACAAACAUAUUUAAAUUCAUUUUUUCUUGUUCUGGUAUGUUCGUGAGACACUAUUUCUUGUUUGCUUCGUUUAAAUUGAAUUUAUUUUCGAAGAAUAUUAGAGCAGACAUUUCAUCUUGUUGAUGACAUGCUGUAAGAAAUGUGUAAAGAUUCCGACUUGUUUGUAAUUUGGUUAACAUUCGAGUUUUAUGAACGUAUUACUUUACGCAUUGACAUUGUAUCCAG